UGUCCCCCUUUUUGGGGGUGGGGGGUGGGCGAGAGGCGAGGAUGGAAAAGAAGAGAAGGGAAAUUGGGGUUGUUAAGGGCAUUAUAAUUUCUUUAAGAAGUGAGGCUAGGAGAGGCCAUGGCUGUUCCAGCCAGGAAGAGGAAGAUGAACUUUUCAGAGCGGGAGGUGGAGAUCAUCGUGGAAGAACUAGAGCUGAAGAAGCACCUGCUGGUGAACCACUUCAAUGCUGGGGUCCCUCUGGCUGCCAAGAGUGCAGCCUGGCAUGGCAUCCUGAGAAGAGUCAACGCUGUGGCCACCUGCCGUAGGGAGCGGCCCGAAGUCAAGUAGAAGUGGUCCGACCUCAAGACCGAAGUCCGCCGCAAAGUGGCCCAAGUCCGAGCUGCUGUAGAAGGUGGCGAGGCCCCAGGGCCCACAGAAGACGAUGGAGCUGGUGGAAGUGGGACAGGCGGUGGCAGUGGUGGCAGAGGCACAGCCAUAGCUCCAGUACUGCUGACCCCUAUGCAACAGCGCAUCUGCAACUUGCUGGGUGAGGCCAUCAGCAGCCUGCCCAGUACCACAGAGAUCCAUCCCGUGGCCCUCGGACCCACGGCCACGGCAGCUGCAGCCACGGUCACCCUGACACAGAUCCCCACUGAGGCCACCUUCCACACCCAGGAGGAGGGACUGGUGGAGUACUGCACAGCCGAGCCUCCUCAGCCCCUGCCGACCGAGGCCCCGGUGGAGAUGAUAACUCAGCAUGCAGAGGCAUCUGUUAAGCCGCAGGCACUUAAGAGCCGCAACGCCCUCAGUUUGGCCAAGCUCAUCCAGGAGCAGCGGGUCACCAACCUCCACAUAAAGGAGAUCGCCCAGCACCUGGAGCAGCAGAAUGACCUGCUGCAGAUGAUCCGGCCCCAGGAGGUGCAGGCCUGCGCCCAGGAGCGGCAGGCCCAGGCCAUGGAGGGCACCCAGGCGGCCCUGAGUGUCCUCAUCCAGGUUCUCCGGCCCAUGAUUAAAGAUUUCCGAUGCUACCUAAAGAGUAACACACCCACCCCAGCCCCGGCCCCUGACCCUGGACAGGUGGCCCAGAAUGGGCAGCCGGACAGCAUCCUCCAGUGAAGGCAGAGGUCAAGCCAGCGCUCUGCCGUGAUUGUAAGUGGUUUCUGUUAGUGGCUUCGAGUGGACCAUGUGGCUAGCUCCCUCUUGGAUAGAUAUUUGGGGCUUAUUAGUCUGAGAAAUGAAGGGAACUGGGAAAAGGAAAUUGCUGGGCUCCCGGCACCCAGUGGAGCUGCCUUGUUGAAAUCUGGGAGGUUUAGCUGGGAUUGUGUGUGCUGGCGAUGUGCCGUAUGUUGUCAUGGUCUAAGGCUCGAGACAUCGCCCAGACUCCAUCCAGGACAACUUUAAAGACAGACUGGUUCUCACUGGGGCCUGUCACAGCACAGGAUCUUCAAUGGGCUGACCCACCUCACGUACGCCCCCUUUUCUAGUGCCAUCCUGCCAGUGGCGCUGGUAGAAAUGCAAUAACACCCACAGAAGAAUGUCUCCCAGCGCCACUGGGAAACCCCGGCCCUUUCUUCCUCCCACCGUGCCUCCAUUCUCAGGGGACGCUCCUUACUCCUGUGGGCUGCCACCAUCCUGGCACAGCCCAGCUCUUGGAAAUGCACCGAGAUGCAUGCAGCCAGUCUGGUUCAGGAAUGCUGUAUGUGGUGGGGGAAGGGUUGGCCACUAUCUUGUCUUCCAUGACACCUCUGGGUAGCUGUUAUAUAGUUUGCCCCACCCCGGGCUUUGACCCAGGUGGGCUUCAGGUGCUGUCAGUUAGAAGGCAAACCCCGUGGACUCCUGUUUCCUGCUGCAGUGCACUUGAGGUGAACCGCUAGUUUUGACUUUAUUUUAGUAAUAGUGAUUUUAGAGAGCUCACUUCUAGCCAGUCGUAUUUAUUCUAUAGCUGAACCCCUUCUGGGUGGGCUCCAGCCUCUGUGGCCGCCCUGUUUCCUCUCUGCUGGACGACACAUCUGAAACACAGUGCACAUUAGAGCCCUGCUCAGCAGUACUCCCUGCCCCUGCUCUGUUACUCAGUGCCUGGUGCAUUGUCAAUGCCCCCGACUGGCUGAUUGAAU